UCCAGCAAACCUGCAGCAGCAAGAGUUCGGACAGCGGGACUGGGACGAAGCACUUCGACCUUUGAUUACCUUGACUCUCAGCACAAGACACUUGAGCUAAGCAAGUGACCUCAGCAUGUCUGGAGGACGUCGGUACCACGGGGAGCGAGGCCAAGGUGGCGGCAGCGGGGGCAACAGCCACCACGGCAACGACAAUCACCACCAUUCACGUAGCCGACAUGGUGGACGUCGUGGUCGUGGUGGUGGUGGUGGUGGUGGACGUCAUGGUGGUGGACGUCAUGGUGGACGUGGUCGAAGGGAUGGUGGUGGUCAUAAGGCCUCGGGUCUUAUGGUCUUCUCCUCCUUGGACAAUGGUGAGCCUGUUGUCCUGCUCUGCCAGCGGAAGGAUACGCCCGCGUUCUUCUCGUUCCUUCUCUCUUCGCAGGUUGGGCGGCAGUUCAAGUACGCGGAGGAGUUCCCGCUGAUGUCGCGCGAGGAGCUGACGACGCUGGCCGAGAUGCAGGACAUUUCGGUCUUCUGGGACGCGUACUGGAAGCACAAGAAGCCUGUGCUCUCCGAGGCCGCCAAGAUGUUCUGCGACUCGCCCAAACUCGGCAACGCUGCCCGCCGGGUACUGGCUUGGAUUGACGCCGGCCGACUGCCGGAAAAGUACCCGUUCUGGGGCGUGCCGCGCGGCCGCAAGCGCCCGCGCAGCGACAUCAACUACUCGGCGGUGGCCGGCGACUUUGAGCUCCAGAUUGGCCUCUCGCCGAGUGACUACUCGCUCGUCACCACCGUUGAUCCGUACCAGGACCGUUACAACGUGGUCUUUUACGCUCAUGCCGACGCGCCUUACGAGCUCCCCGAGCCGGUCGACUCGCCUGACGUCCGUGCCCGCCGCUGGUGCACCCGCGCCGAGGCCGAGGACCUUCUUGCCGGCGACCACGACGUCCAGCAGGAGCGCCUCGACAUGGUUCUCCAGGGCUUUGACAACAUGGCCGCCAUCCUCUAGCCACCGGCUAGCU